AUGCCGGUGGACACUAUCGCAGAGGCAGCCCUAUCUCCAGAAACAGCAGGAUCCUUGCUAUCUGUUCAGUCAGCGCCACCAGAGCAGAGCGACAGAGUGGAGCAUAGAGAGCGACCUGUGAGCUUGCUGCUGGAACUGCCGCUAGCUUCGCAAGUUGGCGCAUAUCUGUCGGCCAUGUCACCGACGGAACAAGAGGAGGACUCAUUGCUGACGCUGUCCUCCGUGACGGCGAGGCCUCUGCUCGCGGUCUCCAGGAAACUGAGGCCACAGAGUGACUCUUCUGAGUGUUCACCACCGGACGGCGGCUACGGCUGGGUUGUCGUGUUCGGCGCUUUCAUGGUUCAGUUCUGGGUCGCUGGACUGUUCAAGUCCUACGGCGUCCUGUACGUCGAGAUCAUGGAGACCUUCCCGGACUCUUCAGAGAGCGUCGCGUCUUGGAUACCGGCGGCGCUCUCCACGCUAUGCUUGGCUCUAGCGCCUCUUUCGUCGGCUCUGUGCGAGAAGUACUCGUGUCGCCUGGUGGUGUUCGUAGGCGGCGUGUUCUGCGCCACGGGACUGGCCGUCUCCUUCUACUGCACCGAGCUCCUGCAUCUGCUGUUCACUUUCGGAAUCAUGACUGGUAUCGGCGGAGGUCUGUCCACUACUCCAGGAAUCGUGAUUGUGUCACAAUAUUUUGAUAAACACAGAGCUCUAGCAAAUGGUAUAUGUGUGAGUGGGACAGCUGCUGGUAGUUUCGUGUUCCCGAUGCUGAUCGAAAAACUGGUCACUACGUAUGGAUUACAUGGAACAUUACUUCUAUUGGGAGGCGGGAUGCUACACGUGUGUGUGGCGGCGACCUUGUAUCGACCACCCCCUGUCGCACUCCCCACCGACACUCCUGCUACCACCACCACGGAGAACACCACGCUUCUUAAUGAUAUACAGGAAGGCAAAACAGGUCUCCUGAACGAUAAUAAGCUGCAGAACCUGUUCCAACAAGAUUCUGACAUGAUGACCUUCAACCACAAGAGCACGUUCCUCGGCGACGACAAGCGGAACAACCUCCUCACUGAGAUCAUGCAUCCGAGCUUGAUAGAGGUAGCCAGACCGCCUCCAACUUCACAGAUGUCUGACUCUGAGGAUUCGGAAGGCUUGGAUGUACUCGGUGUCGUUGUGUCAGGACUACCUCGUGUGGACAAACUUCGACUGCGCCCAACUAGAUCUUCUUCCAUCCUGCAUUCAGUUGAGGACUUGUCUACUGACAGUACUUGCGUCUACAAGGCCAGCAGACGGAAAAUAAGCCGUUCGCUUUAUAUUAAACCACCGCUACCAAGACAAGUAGUGGAUAACAAAAUGUCCGAACCAGUAAAUGACUUCAGGAAACAGGAUGAUAAAAAAGAAGGCUGCGUCGAAAUUGUGGAAGAGAAGAGAGGAUGUGUCGCUAAGAUCUCUAGAUACCUGGACGUGUCGCUGCUGAGGUCAUGGCGGUUCGGGCUGCUGUGCACAUCCGUGGCCCUGAUGUCGUGCGGGUCGCCGUACGCACUCUACUUCCUGCCCGCAUACACCGUCGCCGCGGGCCACAGCAAGGCGGCAGCAGGUCGUCUUGUAGCCAUAAGUGCUGUUCUGGACCUGUGCGGCCGACUCGGGCUUGGCUGGCUGUGUGACCUUCAUCUGUUUUGCAGAACUAAGGCUUAUAUUAUCAGUAUUCUGGUCGCCGGCAUUGCGGUGCUGACUCUACCGAGUCUGUCGUCAUGGUGGUCUCUCGCAGUGGCUGCGGGUGCAUACGGCUUAUGCCUGGGGUGCUGGUUUCUCUUAGUUCCGGUUCUUCUGGCCGACGCGUUCGGAACAGCUCGGAUUGCCUCCUCGUACGGCCUGGUCAGAAUGUUCCAGAGUCUGGCCGCGGUAUCCGUGCCGCCCACUGCUGGAUUAAUUCGUGACGUCACGGGUGGCUACUCCUGCUGUUUCUACGGAAUGGGAUCCUGCAUGGUCCUGGGUUCGAUCCCCGUUAUCGCCUUCCACAUCGCCACCAAGAACAAGGAGAAGGAAUGAACGUUUCAAUGUUUAAUAUUUGGUGUUAAGAUAAUAUGUUGAUGUUAGAUGGUUGAUUAUACUACGAAAGCUAGGAAAUACUAUAGGUCCACUGCUGGCAGGAUAAGAAAUGACAGGCAUAUGGGACAUUAGUUAUCAAUGAAAUAAUAAUAAUCAUCAAGGAACAAUCUAUUUCAAUAUUAUAUUUAUUUGUUACCAGGUAUAUAUUAUAUAAUGUUUUAUUUGAGAAACUAUGUCAGCGAACUAAAAUUGAUCUACAAUUUAUGAUGAGUUGGUCAGAUGUAAAACGCUUCAAAACGUUGCGCUAAGGUAUACUUUGAUAUUUGUUUUUAUCAAGAAAAUUCAUUAUUACUCCUGUAAAAUUAGGAAUAAAAUAGUACUAAUUAUAUGAUAUAUCGAAAAAUAAUCAUGUUAGUAGUUUUAAAGAGAAAUAGAGGAAAAAUCAAUGGCGUUAUUGAAGGUAGUCUCUUAAAUGAUGUGAACUCGGAUGUAUUGUAUAACGGUAUGACUUAAGUGAUUAUACUAGGUUUGUGAUGCGUUUCAAAUCAGUGUUAUGGGCUGAUGUUGUAUUCUUAAUAUUACGAAGUCCAUCACAAACUUCCCUAAGAAAGUCUUAAUGUGACUCGAAUUAAAUAUUAUGUCGAGACUAAAUUUAAAUGUAAUUGAUUUCACUAAAAAUAUUCUAAUGUGUAACUCGUUUUUUGCGGAUAUACAUUGUAAUUAUAAUAUAUCAGUACUACAAAUAAAGUGUCUGCGAGCAAGUUUCAA